AUGCCUCUUAAACAGGAGGGUAACAGAAAUGAUGACGAAUUAAAGUAUCCACAACAACUUCCACCAACAACCCAACAGUCCCAAUAUACUCUACAACAACAGCAACAACAACAACAACUGCCACAACAAUUGCAUCAACCAUUACAGCAACCGCUGACAUUCCCCUUCCAACAUCUACAACAACCAUUUCAACGACAAUUGCAACCGCAAUCGCAACCGCAAUCGCAACCGCAAUCGCAACCGCCGCCGCAACCGCAACCACAAUUUCAACAAUCGCUUUAUUUCCAACGACAUCAACCAAUGCUUCCGUCUCUUCUUUCGCAACAACAACCGCAACAAUCAGGUAUUACACCACAAGACCAGCCCCAAUUACUAAAUGACGCAUCAAUAAUUCCCAUUCUAAAGUCAUCGGAUGAGAUACAAGAUAAUACAUCACUCCCCGAAUUGCAAUCAGUGCUGAUGCGCAAAUCCAAAAGUGGUACAGAUGGGGCAAACAAUGACAAAGUGUGUCCGUUUUGUCGCAAACAAUUCACUCACAAAGGAUCCUUUUUACGUCAUUUGGAAACCCGCAAGGGGGACUCUUGGCAUCCCGUUGAAGAGUGCUACAUUGUAAGAAACCAACAUGCACGGAGAAAGAGUAUCGAGGUUUCUACAAUUGGAUAUAAUGGCAGCGUCUCCUCAUUGGAAUCAUCACCAAUGGGUAAAUCAACCUCGCGUAAAAGAAAGCCGUCAAAGAGAAGUUUGGCUCGAUCGCAAAUGUCGAGUGAUUUAGCUAGUGGUCAGAAAGAGAAGAGCAAACUUCGGAGAAAGUUGCGUGAUCGAAGAAUAAAGGCCAAGAUAAUUACCAACGAAUGGCUUAUAAAUCAGUUCACCAAGAAGUCAAUGCCAGAUCCGAGACAAAUCAAUUCACCAGCCACUUUUUGCCACUUUGUUGCUUUUUACACUCCCAUAAAGAAUUGGCCCUCACUUGCAUCUGAAGUGCCAAACAGUUCUCUAUGUGAUGAAGUUUUGAGCCAAUUGCAGAAGAUGGAACAACAAGACUUGACAAAUUUAUUUAUUCAAAGUAUGCAAGCUUUCGGACAAUUAGAUAUAACUGACAAGAAAAGACUCUGGCUAGAAGAAGUUCAAAAUUGCUUGAACGCGUCUAUUAGUAACUUUACAUUAUUCGAUUUAAACAACAUCAAAACAAUCAUGGACAAACGUGAACAGCACAUUUUUGAAGGCAUAUGUGCCGAUGACAAUUUAACAGAGUUUGUGGAUGUAGAAGAAAAUCCCACAUUGGAAGAGGAGGAAGGAGAAGAACGAGAAGAAGAAGAAGAAGUUGAUACACCUUCCAUGGGAGCAAGUACACAAUCAUCUCAACAGUAUCAGCAUGUGCAGACUCAACCCCAGCAACCACCCUUUAGCUACAACCAGCAACGGCAUCAUUCGCCUUCUCAGUUGCAUCAACCACCACCCGGUUCUAUCCCCUUGCAACAACAACAACAUCUGGCAUUACGUUCAAACAGCUUACCCCACAACACGUUUCUUCCGCAUUUACCAAACAUCUCCAACAACGACUACAAUGACUUUAAUUCUUCUCAUUUCUUUUAG